AUGGUUGGAUCGUGGUCUUCUCUCUCAGCUUCGUCGUCCACUUCUUCCACGGUAUCACCACAGACAUCUUCACAAUGUUGUUCAUUCCAAUUCUCCUUUUCAUUUUCCUACUUUUAUUAUUAUUAUUACUGCGGGCUGCUGGUAGCGGCCCUCUCCACCUUGAACCUACCAAUUUUUGGCCCCUGUCUCUCGACCGUACGGUUCGCCGAGGGCAAGGUUAAUAUGGCUGAGAAAAAGAUUCGGAUCGAUGGUGACGUCGUGUUCGGCGGCCUAUUCCCCAUGCACGAGAAAGGACAGGGGGACAAUGCCUGUGGCAAUAUUAAAAAAGAAAAGGGCAUCCAAAGAAUGGAAGCCAUGCUGUUCGCUGUCGACCGAAUCAAUGAAAACCCGAAUCUCUUGCCCAACAUUCAGGUCGGGGUGCACAUAUUGGACACGUGCAGUUUCGAUACGUACGCACUUGAACAAUCUAUGGAUUUUAUUCGUGCCCGCAACCUGGAUAUGACGGACUACACAUGCACGGACGGGCGCCCACCUCAGUAUUCACCCAAGAAACCCGUCGUAGGGGUCAUCGGAGCCGCUUCAAGCCUCGUCUCCAUUAUGGUGGCUAAUAUUCUCAGGCUUUUUAAGGUAAGCGUUUUCAGCUUUGUUGUCGAUGAGAUUUGUUUGUGA